AUGUCAAAUCCACGUUCGGAUGGUAUAGAUGAGGCAAAAUCAGAGAUUGACGAAGAUGGUCAUGGUAUUGAUAAUGGAGAGAUGAAGACUGAACCGCCAUUAUCAGCUCUAUCAACUACUUUCCCUCAUUCAGCAUCUACCAUAUCUUCAAUGGGUCAAACCACAUCCGACAGCACCGGUGGUGGGAUCAACCCAAUAUCCUCUACUUCACAUACAUCAUCCACUUCUCCCUAUAAUUCUCUGACGGGGACUACGACGGAUCAUUCUGGAUAUAUGAACAAUACGGCAAAUGAUCUGAUCACAACCACUUCCAAUCAAGUACCGGAAUUCGGAUUUGGUUUUGGUUUAUGGGCACCGGAACAAUGGGAAGCAUUGUUACAUGAAAGUCUCUUACCGCCUUUCAAUGAACCGAUUAUACCUAAUGUCAACUUUGAUUAUUCAAACUCUACGAAUCCCUACAAUUCACAACAACCAGAACAACCACAAUCACAACCACAGACGACGAAUACCUUCUUUCAACCUCAACCUUUAACCACCCCGAUUACCCAACAGAUCCUACCUCCUUUAUUGACCCAGACGAAAAUACAAUUACAGUCGUCCUCUGAAAGAGAUCAGAUAUCAUUUCAACCACACCCUCAACUACAAUUGACACCUUAUGCACAAGAUAAUGAGAUCAAGGAGGAUGAGACGGUGAUGGAAACUUUGCUGAGCAGGUUACAGAUGUCUUUUCCAGAACUCGACAUCUCCUUAUCAUUUAUGUCACAAUCACUCGAUCUAUACUGGACUAGAACCGCUCCUACAUUCCCAUUCAUCCACCGACCAACCUUCGACUAUUCCAUCGCUCCAUCCGAAUUGAUCGUCCUCAUGAUCAUCGUAGGCAGCGUACAUUCCCUCGGUACCUUGGAUAUUGGCCAAAAGAAAGACUUCAGUCGACUAGUAUCAAAGAUCAGAUCGAUGUUAUUCCAAGAAUGCGGAUUAGAAAUGCCCAUCUCCAUUCUCCAAUCGUUCACCCUCUGUCACGUGUACGAUACGUGGUAUGGUAAUUCCGAGAGUCUGUUUGUCGCUCAGUGUAUGUGGCCUGUGAUGGUCGCUCAUUCGAGGAAGAAGGGGAUUGGCGUGUUGGGUAAACCUGAGACGGAAAGUCAGCAGGAGGAAGCUUGGACGAAUUGGGCGAAAGAGGAGGAACGCCGUCGAUCAGCUUAUUGUGUCCUUCUCAUCGAUACUCAGCUCUCGGCAUUCUGGAACCAACAUUGUUCACGACAAUUGUCAAUCUUUGCACAUAACCUCAACUUACCUUGUCCCAAAUCCCAAUGGGAAGCGGAAAGUGCUAGUGAAUGGGUCAAGAUCAGACAAUAUGCCAUGACCAAUAAUACACCUACUACUAAACCGAAACAUUCCAAAUCAGGGUACCUACCAGGUCUACACCCAGAGUUCACCGUUAACGUAGUCACCGAGGGGUAUAGCAGUGCGAUCAUGUCUGCGUUAUCGGAAGAACAUAAAUUCUUGUUUAAAGUGGAUUUAGAUAAUAGUCUGACUAGUCAGAUGGUCUUGAUUGGGUUGAUUGCCAUUGCUUGGGACUGUAGGACGAGAGGUGGCAUGGGGAUUAGGUUUAGGGAAGGGACGAAACACUGGAGAUCAAUUGUAUUCAACGCCGUUAUCCAACUCCGAGCAGCAUACGAGUCAGCCGUCAUGCACAUGAGCGCAUCCAUCGAAUCGAGAGAUAUGCGAGAUACAUUCGCCAUAUGUAUCAUCUCGGUGUUGAGUGAUAUACCAAUGUUACAUGUCGCUGCUGGUGCUACCACAUUCUGUGGUGCUUCGAUCGGUCCACGCCAAUACUCUGAUGCCAAACGUCGAUUGAAGCUAUGGGCCAAGACAGAUGACGCUUGGACAUGUGUAUGGCAAUCGAUAAGAUAUCUUCGUCAAGCACUUUUCAGUGAAUGGGGAUUAUACUCUACCUGGGCGGUAUUUAAUACGACUCUCGUGCUAUGGGGUUAUACAACGACCAUCUCUCAUCCCUCUACUUCCUCCUCAAAUACCACCACGACUUCUUCUACUCUGAGUUCCUCUGAGCAUCCAUUAAACUCGACUUAUCCCCCAGCUACUGCCUCUGCGACAUUCACUUUCACCUCUUCAGCUCCUUCUAUCGGGAAUCACAGUAACAACCAUGACGAAGAAGAGAGACAACGUAGAUUGACUCAAUGGCUUGAAAGUGUACUGAGCACGCAUGGGAAAUUGGAAUCGAUGAAUGAUUUGGAUGAGGCCAUAAGGGAUUUACUGGAGAUUGUAUGUGAGAAGUUGAGUGGGGCAGGUGGUGAGAUCGAUAGAAAUAACAGUGCGUUAUUGAGUAGGUUGAUAGGUCAGAAAAAGAGGUAG